UUUUGGGGAAAACAUUCACUGAACGCCAUCAUCACAAGGUGCAUCAAUAUGCUACAAGGCUAUGCAAUUCCUUGCAGUACCAUACUGUAACAAGAUGUGAUACUAAAGUUGAUUCUACUGAAAGUCAGUCAGGAAUGCUUCAAAGAUUGAAGACAUCGGUUGUAAAAACACAGACGGCAAGUUUGUACCAUCAAUCAAGAGACCAGCUGGAGGACGGGCUGUUCGAUUAUUUGUGCGAAGACAGUCAAUUGCUGUCCAUCUCCAAAUUUAAGAAGGCCAUUACAUCUACAGGUCUGAGAGAGACUGACCCACGCCUUGCUGACUGUAUGCUGAACUUCACAAAGAUAACAAACGCUGAAAAUGGAGUUGCUUACAGCGACUAUGGUCCAGCCGUAGACAGGGAAACAUUCAAAAAAUGUAUUGCACCAAACAUAGUGCUGAUCACGAAUGCGUUCCGUAACCAGUUUGUGGUUCCCGAUUUCGAUCACUUCUGCAAGAAUAUCGAUCAGAUGUUCUUGCAUUGUCGUGACCAGACAGGUGGAAAGGUUGCAACGUACAUUCCACAGCUAGCGAGGUACAGUCCAAACAAGUGGGGAGUGUCUUUGUGUACCGUCGAUGGUCAGAGGUACUCCAAUGGCGAUGUUCAAGUGCCUUUCAGUCUGCAGUCAGUGUCCAAACCCCUUACGUACGCAAUGGCUCUUGAUGAACUCUCGCCAAGCGUUGUGCACAAGUACGUCGGCCAGGAGCCUAGUGGUGUGUCGUUUAACAGUAUUUCACUCGACUACCGUGACAAGCCCCACAAUCCGAUGAUAAACGCGGGUGCCAUCUGCGUUAGCUCACUUCUAAAACAGGAUCUCGAUCUGGCUGACAGGUUUGCUUAUGCGACUUCGGUAUUAAACAGACUUACCGGUGGGGAACAUCUCGCUUUCAACAAUUCAGUGUUUUUAUCUGAGCGUGCGACGGCAGACAGAAACUUUGCCUUGGCGUACUACAUGAGUGAGAAAAGGUGUUUUCCAAAAGGUUCUAAUUUAAUGGAGAUUCUAGAUUUCUAUUUCCAAAUGUGUUCCCUAGAGGUGACGUGUGAGUCAGGGGCAGUUAUAGCGGCCACUCUUGCCAACGGGGGGAUAUGUCCUAUAACUGGUGACAAAGUAUUGUCUGCUUCGUCCGUUCGUGACACUCUCUCCCUCAUGUUUUCGUGUGGCAUGUACGACUAUUCCGGGCAUUUCACUUUCAAGGUUGGGCUCCCAGCAAAGUCGGGUGUGUCGGGUGUCAUACUGAUAGUCGUGCCCAAUAAGAUGGGCUUCUGUACAUGGAGCCCGGCCCUGGACAAGUGGGGUAACAGCAUGAGAGGCGUCUAUUUUGCAGAGGACCUGGUGGCUAAGUUUAACUUCCAUCACUAUGACAACCUGAAGUUCACAGCAAAGAAGAUAGAUCCGUGUAUUCAGAAAAUUGAAUCUCGUGCGUCUGAAGUUGUUGAGCUGCUGUUUAGUGCUUACACCUGUGAUGUGUCAGCUUUGAGAAGGUUCGCUCUCAGUGACCUAGAUAUGGAUCAGGCGGACUACGACGGGCGCACCGCGCUUCACAUCGGGUCUGCUGAGGGUCAUGAGCCUGUUGUGAACUUCCUCAUCAAUAAGUGCAAGUGUAACCCAAAUAUUAAGGACAGGUGGGGAUGUACUCCCCUGGAUGAUGCUGUGAGGUUUGGCCACACGAAGGUGAUUAAUAUACUGAAGGAAGCCAUGAAUCAGUACAACGCCAACGAAAAAAUCGACAGAAGUUUCGCGGCCAUUGAUAGCGUGGCUUACCACGAUAUCGCCCUUAAGACUGUGAGUACCGUUGAAGAUGCGUCCGAAUAUUUGGAGAAAGAAGAGACAUCGUCCGAUCAAGUGAUACAUAACGUCGAUAAUGCUGAAAAUGAAUUGAAUGGCGAAGUUCGCAUGGAGGGUGACGAAAAUGAUAUGUAACGUUUUAGGUAACACAAAGAACAUUCAACAUGAUAAAUAAUGUGUUAAGUUGUACUUGGAACAUAUGAAAUAAAUUCUAGUGAUUAAAUAGGUUGGUGUGAGCAUUAUUUAGGUCGAACUUAAAUAAAUUCUAGUGAUUAAAUAGGUUGGUGUGAACAUUAUUUAGGUCGAACUUAAAAUUGAGUUUUAAUUGUUCAAACCGGACUUUUUAGUUCAUCAGAAAAAAAGAGUUAUUAUCACAGCAUUGAAGUCAUUAUCGGUGUUGUCGAAACAAAAUAGCCUUUGUAUUUUUUUCGAAUUAAUGGCUAGUAUAUAUGGCCGCAAAUUUCAAUAAUUGAAUAUUCGCAAACAUUGAACCCUCUAGAAACGAUCUACGACAAAGCUAGUACUUUGAUAAUCUGCCAUUACCAGGGUUUGGUGUAAUUCCAUGUAUAUGUUUUCUAUAAUAUACUAUUUACGAGUUUUAGACUUCAAAUAUAACUUACUUUGUGGUUGGUUGUGCUAUUCUUUCCUAAUAUUUUGUUUUAUUAUGCAUGUUU